CCUGAAUCAAAGCCAUAGUUUUCUUCCACUGUUCUUAGUCAUUCAGUCUCAUCAAAUUCCAUUUUUUCUACCUAAAAAAGUGGGGAAAGUUCCUCUCUUUGAUUGAUUUGGGAUGCUCAGGUUCAUAUUUAUCCCAACAGAAGUCAUUUUAUCUCAACAAAAGUCAUCGCGCUUACUUUCUUGGGCUGAUUUGGUUCUUGAUGUUUGCCGUAGCUGGGAAACUUUACAGGGAAUCUGGCAGUAUCCGAGGUAUUUCCCCGAAACAUUCGACAAGAUUAUCAUCAUUGACUUUGCAGGAUCUGAGGUUUUCUUUGUUAUAUAUAUAAAGAGUUCAUUUCGGCAAUGUUGACUUCUAUCCUUGGUGAAGAGAAAACAAGAACGAGACGAUUGGGUAGUUGACUUCAACCCACAAAGUCAAUCAUACCAGAAGUUCAAGAACCAAUGGAUUUUGUAGGGUACGUACGUGACGACAUGAGAACGUAGGACCAAGACCAAGAUUGAUGUCCUAGAUGUGGGAGGGACGGUGUCGGCGGUGUUACAAUCCACGUGAUCCAUUGGAGACCAUUGGUGGGACGACACGUUUCUUCAGCGGGUCCAUAUGAUUAAAUACUCCAAGAAUUUCGAGGAAGACGAAGCGGACUUCAUAAAUGUCCGAAUGACCGGCCGACCCGUCAUAAUUGUUCCAAUCUUUUCUCUAACAUUUGCAAUAGUUGUUUUGAUCUGGGGGACGGCAGGAUGAGCUUGAAAUGUGAUGAUCAAUACAAAAUAGUAUCUAUUGGCUUCUAAGAGCUAAUAAACAUGGAUGAGUUGAUCCACAAAAUUUUUGAAGAGGAAUUUGAAUCCACAAAAAGGAGGAUUUUGACUAGAAUCAAUAGGAUUGUCAAAGAUGGGAAUCAGACUUCAGAGAGGAACAUGAAACUGGAGUUCAGAAACAGGAUUUCUGAAGUAAUCUUGACUGGUGAGGAAAUAAAAGGAGAAGGGGACACUUCUAUUGAGGUGGUUAUCGUUGAUGAGUCUUCAGGACAUGUUGUUGACGUUGGACCAGAAGCCUCUGCAAAUGUUGGAAUAGUUCUUCUUAAAGGAGAACCUGAUGCUUUGGCAGGAGAUGCUUGGACAGUUCAAGAAUAUAAUGAAAAUAUUGUCCAAGAAAUAGAAGGAAAGCAGCCUCUUCUUGCAGGAAAAGUACUGUUGAAACUACAAAAAGGCAUCGGUUUUCUGGAGAACAUUAAGUUAAGACAUCAUGCAAGCAAAAUAAGGCCACCCGUGUUCAGACUAGGUGCAAGAGUCGUCGAUACAUUUGAUGAGUCCCGUAUAAAGGAAGCCAAGACAGUAUCCUUUACUGUAAAGGAUUUCCGCAACAAAUAUUACAAGAAGCAUGAGACUCCGUCUCUGUCCGAUGAAGUGUCCCGACUAGUCAAUAUCCGCAAAGGUGGUAAGAUCAACAAACGUCUCCAAGAUAAUAAAAUCUAUACCGUGGAGGAUUUCCUAAUACGACUCCUGAUAGAUCCUGAAGAGCUCAGAAGCAUCGUUAAUUUGGGGCCAAAGAAGUGGGAGCUGACAGUCAAUAAUGCUCGAGCAAGCCUAAGUGACAAAAGGAUGUACUGUUAUGUAAAUUCUGAGCAGAAGAUGGGGAUCGUUUUCAAUGUUCUUGGACAGGUUCUAGGAUUGUAUUUGAAAAACCAGUAUGUUCCGACCAAUAUUUUGUCCGAGAACAACAAGGCUAGUGUUCAGGAGUUGUUAGCAUCUGCUUAUGCACACUGGGGAAAUGUAAAGCCCUUUGAUGAUGAGAAUUCUCUUCGGCAAUACUUCACUGGCUUCACUACAUCCAUGGACCCUCCAGAUCAUCUCAACCCCAAUUAUCGUGGUGGUGGCCGUGAAAACCCAGAAACCUCUGAAAUGAUAGGAGAAUCCAGCAGCAGAUCCUGCUUUUCGUAUCAGAGCAUAAGCUCAGCAAUGAAUUAUAUUACAGAAACUGAAGGUGGAGAUUUCGGGUCCUUCAGUACUAAUGAUGUGGAGAUUAUUCAUGAUAUUCCCUUGCAGCGUAGUCCUGACUGGACUUUCAAUCCAGACACCAUGUUUCAAGAUUUUGAUGAAUUCCUCCACCAAAAAGAUAGCUUUGACUGGCAGGUCAACUGUCCUGUAAACGAGCCAAAUGCUGAAGAACAAAUUGCUGAAACAGCAGUUGCAUUUGCUGAUACUUACAUCAGUAAUCCACCAAACAGGUGGAGAAAAUUGUUCUGUGUAUCAAGAUGGUUCUCAAUCAGAAAAAGGGUAUCUAUGGCAGGUAUCCAUAACCGAAAGAAGCGGAAAGUUCAUUAACGAGCUGUACGUCUAUGUACAUGAAUGGAAGUCCGACAUCAUUGAUUUGGUGAUAUACUAAAUUAUAGAAAUCUACAAAGUUUCUUGAUAGACAUCGGCACUCUUGUUCUGGUUUCCCUUUCUCUAUGUAUAGUUUCCACUUACUCUGGUUCAUUUUCGAUUGUCUUAUUCAACAUCCCAGUUAUAUUUUCUGAACUUGUUAUUGAAACCUUGUGAAGUCUAUGCUGAUUACUGUUUUUUUCCUGUCUUAUUUUGCUAUAGUUACUACAGUGAAUAAGAACUAAAAAAAAAAAUUCCAUCUAUUAUUUCCUACUUUUCAUGCCUUCCCGUCACAAAUGGUUAUCAGUUCAAAGCAUCCUUUCUACCUUUGCUUAAUGCCACCAAAUCAAAAGCACGUAGUUUUCUCCGAACCUGCAUCUUUUCCUUCUUGUUCUCCGCUAACUAUGUAAUUACAGGGAUUUAUGGAGGUGGUAUUAUUUUAGUGAUCUGAUGUUUGGUGAAGGGAGAUGCGGUUGAUGUAGUGCUGGGCAAAAGAUUUAUCCACCACCUUCAAUUGAUGAAUGAGUCUUGCAAAUUUUGGCAGAGGCCAUUGCUGUAAAAGUCACUGGAAGGGAUAGACGAAGAUCGGUUGUGUUCUUAGGUGGUUAUGCAGAAGAGGAUUUUCUUCCAAUUCCAGAAGGAACCACAUAUUGUGUAAACAUGUUGAUUCUUCUGUUUGUAUCAGUCCCGACAAUAUUUACAUAAGUGCCUGUUUAUGUUUUCAACUAAUAUUGUUACAUAAUCUGCAGUUCGGUUCUUGCACAGAUUUCUUUUCUUU